UUGGGUUCUCAAGUCUCAUAGAUUUCUUGGCAAUGGAGCUAGAUAACCAAGCCACCGCUGCAGUGGAAGACCACCACCAACCGCGGAGGAGAUUGUGCGAGAAAGGCUGCGAGAGGCCAAUAAAUGUCUGCCUCUGCGACACGAUUCCCAAAAAACCCAUCCCAACCCUCACGAAAAUCGUGAUUCUACACCACCCUCACGAGCAACGCCACAAGCUUGCCACCGUCCCCGUCUUAAAAAAAUGCCUCGACAACUGUGAAGUUAUAGUCGGAAGAAAGUUACGCUACGGCGACUCCGAGCUUCUCGAUUCUCUACAUGACUUUGCCGUUGAAAACCCUGAUUUGCCGUUCCGAACAAUUUACCUUUUUCCUGGAAAAGAUGCAUUACCACUAGCGGAGUUUAAACUGCCAAAUUCAUCAGCAGGUGAUUCUGACAUGAUUAACUGUGUUCUGGUGGUAUUUGAUGGAACCUGGAAGCACGCCAAGGAGAUGUUGCAUGCAAGUUUAUCAUUCUUGUCCAAGUUUGCCAUUCAGGCUUGCCUGGACUAUGAUGAUAGGAUUGAGGGUGGGACAAUAUUUGAAUCAGAUUUGACUCUUAGGAAGGAACCUUUUGGUGGUUGCAUGAGUACGAUGGAGGCAGUUGCACGUUGUUUACGGCUUUUUGAGCCUAAUGGACUUGAGAUUGAAUCAAUUUUAACUGAAGUUUUGGGAGCUAUGGUUAAAUUUCAAGUUUCUUUCUUGAAGCCCGUGAAGCCAAGGCCAAAGGUACUUAAGAAGACUAAAGAAGAUGAUAAGAAAAGGAAUUGAGUUUCUUGAAUUUGGCAGUUUUGAGUAUCUGCAACUGAUUUUCAAGAAGGUCUUGGCAGCAGCUUUGUAAAAUGGCUUUCAGAGAUUUCACUGAUGGUGCUUGGAAGCAUUAUUGGAGUGUGGUGCUUGAUUCCUUAUAGAUUAAAUAUUUAGCUGCAUUUUUUUGGAUGAUCGUAUGGGGAUUUUAUUAAUCUAAACUCCAAAGAAAACACUGAGUGGUCUCACUAGCUAAGAAGUGCAUACAGGUUUAUGAUGGGGUUUCACAUGAAGCAAUCAGGUCUGAGUCAACUUUUGUUGAGGUUAAAAGAGCAUAGAUGAGUUCCUUCCUUAUCCAUCAAAUGCCUCAAGCAGAAACAGUUCUUACUAGUUCAAAAAGGAUGCAGCAAAUAGACAAUGACUUGCAUGAAUGGUUUGUGCAGGAAAGACUUGUCUUUGGGCCUCCAAUCACAUAACCUAUUUAACUGCAGAAUGGAGAUUCAGGAAGCAUUAUACUCAAUCAUGACUGUUUUAUGUCACAGGAUUGUGAGUGUUCUGCUUAUUAUCCUUUUCGCGCCAGACAUACCUUGUGUUCGAUUGGUGUGAUCCACUAUUCUACUUGGAGUUGUAUAUGAUUGUGCUUGAUUGGCACAUUUCUUGGUGGACUUGGUUCUUUAACCGGAAUUGGGGACCUAUGUUGCACUUAUCAGGCAGGUGGUGGGGGCCCCUCGUUUCCUUUAUCUUACCUUUUGCUGGUGCAAGCACUUGAUGGAACUGGAGCUUUAUCUAUCCUGUUAUUCAUUCCUAUUUGUUACUAUCGGUUUCCCAACUUUUUUCGCCGCCCUCACCAAUUCCAUGGCAUUGUAUUGCUGUUAACUCCCCACAUGGCCAUGUUUUUAUCAGAAAGGGGAGCUUUCCAGAAUGGAGCGUGGUAAACAGAAAAAAUGGAGGGGAAAGUUUAUGAAGCAGAGUCCUCUUCCACUACCAUUUAUUUUCAGUACACACAGUUCCUAAUAGACUCCAGUUCUUUAGGAAUUCCGGUGGUCAAAAUCUUCUUUUCUUGCACCUACCAUUUAUUAACUGGUAAAUGUGACGCCUGUUUUUGUCUGCUGCUGGUCCUAGUGAAUUUUGAUCUGAACAUGUCAGUGUUACUAAAUAGGUAGUGGAUGAACAGUUUGAACAGGCAAAAGAAAUUUAAAGGUUUGAUGCAA